CAGCGCGGACGCACGUCGUUAAUAAUACACGGAGAGGUGAAACGACCCACCGAUAUCGUUAAAUUUGCAUGACCGUCCCUCCCUGCUCGGGCACGCACACGAGCUCCUGUAUCAACCCUGCGUACUUUUGAAACACCGCACGUUUUAUGUGCACCUCUCACGCGACGUAGGGCGUCUGCUUUCCCCGUGCACAAAGUCAUUGUCAUGUUUUCACGCGAGCCCGUAUCGGCCCGGUGCACGGGGUUACCAAGGCUCCCGCGAAGAGAACAGAUGCGUGUUUAGUGCGAGACUAAAUGUCCACGUAGAUCAACAGAUAACAGAUCAGCGCUCUGGCAGCAGAACAGUUGCGUAUUUUAGGAGUCCGUAGUCUGUCGUUUGGGGUUUAAUCUUGCAGUGUUUACUGUAAUCGGUGACGUAAGCCGCUUCCAUGGCAACCAGGUGUGGCACGUACGGCAGGUGCAUUCGGGAUGAACCGGUAGCGGGUUUCCUAUAAUUCAGCGUUUAUUCCAGCACAGUCUUCACGGAGAUAAACGGACGCUCCCGGGAACAUUUCACGACACCAAGUUGUCUCGUUGGCAGUCAUGAACUGGGGCUUUCUGCAGACUGUGCUGAGUGGCGUAAACAAGUACUCCACCGUCAUCGGGAGAGUCUGGUUCUCUGUCCUCUUCGUGUUCCGCAUCCUCGUCUUUGCCGCCGCCGCUGAGCAGGUGUGGAAGGACGAGCAGAAGGAGUUUGUGUGCAACACGCAGCAGCCGGGCUGUGAGAACGUCUGCUUCGACCGAUUCUUCCCCAUCUCGCAGGUACGCCUGUGGGCACUGCAGCUGAUCGCGGUGUCCACGCCGUCCCUGCUGGUGGCGCUGCACGUGGCCUACCGGCAGCACCGUGAGCAGAGACACGGCCGGAAACUUUACGAGGACAGAGGCAGACUCGACGGUGGCCUCAUGUGCACGUACCUCUUCAGCCUGACGCUGAAAACGGCCUUCGAAGUGGGCACGCUGCUGACCUUUUACUUGGUCUACAGCGGGUUCCACGUGCCCAGGCUGCUGCGCUGCAGUGAGGUGCCCUGCCCCAACACCGUGGACUGCUACAUCUCCAAAGCCACAGAGAAGCGAAUCUUCCUCUACAUCAUGGGCUGCACGUCCAUGCUGUGCAUCGCACUCAACGUGGCGGAAAUGGUGUACAUCCUGUCCAAACAGUGCUGGCGGUCUUUCAGUAAGAGGUACGCCCCUGUGCAGCCACAGAGAGAUAUGCCCCCAUGCGGCUGCCGCCCGCCCUCCACGUUUACACUCGCCUGUCCUGGACCAAAACCCACGUCUGCCAGCAAAGACGACGCGGACGCGACUCAGCUCCAGCUGCCGCACAGGGCAAAAGAACUACCCGCCUGAACAGUCCCACGGGGUAAAAUGGAUGUUGACUGUCCGUUUGUCCCCGCUAGUGCUCGACAAACUUCUGUCUAUUAGCAGACUGAUUAGGACCUGUGUUCCCGGAGUGGCCAGUAGUCUUUAACAUCUCAAUAAAGCGACCGGGAUCAGUCCCGGUCAACAUCCCCAUGUGGGACGGUAAUGGUCUUUGGCAGUUUGUCAAAGUUGGUGGGAUUAGUGUGUCAUUCAAGCAGUCAGGGGUGUUGAGUGCUGAAGGGAAUCACGCAUACGUGAUGCCGAGUAGCUUUAUUUAUUUAAACUGGGCCACAGGUGUGGACUACGUCAGUAUGAUACACAGGUGUUUGUGUGUACAGCCUGUUUAAUAUUUGGUGGUGAGUUAUGUGAAUUUAAAUACAUGAACCCUAAAUAGAGUAAUAGACUACAAUUUUUUAUUUGUAAUAUUUUAAUGGUAACAGGUAGCAGAUGUUGAACUCACACACACCCCCACACACCCCCACGUGCUGCAGUAGUAUGGUUCUAUUGUGUCGAGUGUGUUAAUAGUUUUUCCUCUGUAUUUUUAUUUCACUUUACUGCUACUAACAAAAUAUCCAUUACAAAGGAAACAGCUGAUCCAUAAACUGUAGGACCUUCAAGAGGGCAAACCAAACUUAACCUGAAAAACGUAACCGUGUUUAGACGAUGACGUCUGAGAGAGAAACACUGAGCUGAAAAUAAGUGUGUGAGAAAAACAGUUCAUGCCAAGAGGAGAGACUGACAGGGAGGUGCGGUAGAGGUGAGGAGGCACGGUAGCCUGUCCUUUACUCCUUUCUGUUGUUCAAAUACGAAAACAUCUGCGGCAAAAACAAAACACUGAAAUGACAUUUUUAAAA